AUGUUCACUUGCAUUCCGUUCGCAUUCAUUCAAUUUUCAUAUUCAACGAAAUUUGACUGCUAUCCGGAUGAGAAGUACGUUUACCUGUUUGAGUGCCCCCAUGUAUAUAGCUCUGGCAUGUCCAGGACAUUGAUGAGGGAGUAUGACAUGGAUGCCUGGUGGCCGUUCCAGAGGAUCUGUUGCCCCCCGCCUGGCAAUAGGCUUCCAAGCCCAGAGAUCUGCGUCCGAAAAUCACUUGCAUACCGAAUUUAGGGUGGUUUGGAUGCAAAACCAAACGAAUACCCCUGGUUGGCCAUGCUCCUGUACCUGAAUAAUCUCACCUUGGAGAUCACACCCUCCUGCACGGGCUCCUUGAUCAACAAUCGCUAUGUCCUGACCGCAGCCCACUGUGUAGAUGGAUUAUCAGGUCACUUGUCGCUGAAAAGAGUACGUCUCGGCGAGCAUAACAUCACCUAUGAUCCAGGCUACAAUCGGGCCUGCAGAGACCAGAACAACCAUUGUGCCCUUCCAAAUCUGGAGAUCGGAUUUGAGAGGAUCAUAGUGCACGGGGAAUACAAAGGCAUUAGCGAAUGGAAAACCGAAUACGAUAUCGCCCUCGUACGACUUAAAAUGCCAGUGCGCAGCUGAGCCGGCAUCCUGCCCAUAUGUAUUCCAAAGCACGGCCUCUUCGCGGAAUCCCAAUUUGAAAUAGCCGGAUGGGGCAACACGAAUGAAUUUAGUCAAUUUAGUAAAGUACCGAAGCACGGAUUCAUCCGGAAAAGGAAAAUCGGAAGGUGCGCAGCCAUGUUUCCGCAUCUGCGCUUAAGCAACAGCUUACAAAUCUGUGCCGGGGGCGACAGUGCCGUCGAUACUGGGGAUUCCGGUUCACCGCUGAUGGUCACGAUGCCCAAUGGUAGUGUUUACUUGGCUGGCAUCACCUCCUUUGGCGGUGAAAAUUGCGGCCAGAUUGGCAGUCCUGCAGUUUACACAAGAACCAGUGCAUUCCUGCCAUGGAUAAAUGAGGCAUUGAAUAUUGACUAAUGGUAAGACAGUUUAAAGUGGAUUAGUU